AUGGGAUACGCGAAGCGCGCGCGCGUGACGGGCGGGCUCGGGAAGCCCGUGUAUAUCGUGCGCAGCAGCGCGGACUACGCGACCGUGCCCAAGUACGGCACGCUGCGCUGGGCGCUGCAGUGGCUGCGCGGCGGGUGUUACAUCCGGUUCGCGAAGACGAUGACGAUUCGCCUGAACGCGCGGCUGUUCGUGCCGUCGCACACGAGCAUCGACGGGCGCGGCGCGUGGGUGAAAAUCAUUGGGAGUCUCGACGUGAUCAACGUCACGAAUGUGAUUAUACACAACAUCGCAGUGGAGAACGAGUACGGCAACCACGACCUUAUCCACAUCCGGUCCAGCUGGCGCGUGUGGGUGGACCACUGCAACGUGCAGAACGGCGUACGUGGCACUGUUGACGUGGUGCGGGGGUCCACUGACGUCACCAUCUCCAACUGCUACGUCCACAACAAGGACCUCACUAUGCUGCUGGGAGCAGCAGACUGGGACUCCAUUGACAAGCGCAUGCGUGUAACCAUCUACCGUAACUGGUUUGACAAAUCCGGAUUCUAUCUGACGCAGCCGACAAUGCAGACGGUUAUUAGACUCCCCGCGUCCUCGCGCGGGGUAUUCAUAGCGGGGAGUGCCACUUCCACGCGUUCUUCCGCCGCGCGACCGCUUACCGCAGUGGUUGCGCGCUCAGGUGGCUCGGACUCCUCCCCCGGCUCCGCGCAGCCGCCCCCCGCGGGGGGCGCGCAACCACAGAGUGGAACAAGCAGCGGCCUUUCCGCCUCAAGCCGACCGCAAUCCGCCUCCGCCUCUCAGCCAUCCCCCUCCUCCCCCGCUCCUCCCUCCUCUUCCUCCUCCUCGCCCCUCUCUCUCCUCUCCUCCCCUCCUCCAUCUGUUUCCGCCAACACCCGCGCCCGCCUAUUCGACUCGCCUUCCCCCUCCUCCUCCUCCUCCCCCGGGCGCACGUGGGACCCCUUGGAGGCGUCAUUCGAGGGCAUUAUGGCGUUUGAUGGGCCGGGGCCUGAGCUCAUCAACGGCCGCCUUGCCAUGCUGGGAUUCGUAGCAGGGAUGAGUCGGGAGGUGGUGGGCGGGGUGUCAUUGCAGCAGCAGCUGGCAGAUCCUGGCGAGACGGGCAUAGCAGCAUUGCUGCUGGCUGCUGUCCUCGUCUCCCUUGCCUCGCUGCCUCCGCUGCUCAAGGGAGUUCGGCCAGAAGACCGCAGUGUGUGGGGCGGUAAGGAAAGGCAUGUGCCUAAGGCGGCGAGUUUGAGUGGUCAGUGCAUGGGUGCUGCUAUGCUGUGA